AAGGUUUACCAGUGUACUUACAACGACUGUACCAAGGUUUAUAGCAAAAGUUCCCACUUAAAGGCACAUCUACGGCGACAUACCGGAGAGAAACCGUUCGAGUGUACGUGGCCCGGAUGCGGUUGGCGGUUCUCCCGGUCCGACGAGUUAGCCAGACAUAAGAGGUCGCAUUCCGGUAUCAAGCCUUACCAAUGUAAAUUGUGUGAAAAACGUUUUUCUAGAUCCGACCAUUUAUCUAAACAUCUGAAAGUUCAU